AUGGUUGGCUCACUGAGAGGGGCUCGGCCACAACUUCCAGCAGCUGGUUUGCCUCCGGGAAACAGUAGUCUCGUGGAGGCUCUGAAUGGUGAAUUUGUGGCAGUAGGCAGCACCAGCGUGCCAGCGCCGGCUAUCACAUCUCUCGACAGUGAGUCGACAGUGAGGAGUUGUGGUAAGGACUUUGAUCGGGACGAGCGUCGCGACGAGAUAGAUGUCGGAUUCAACCUACACCUAGAGGUAGCUGAUAGCGAUCCAAGUACACUUGGAGGAGGAUCCCGAUUGCCGGUCCCACGUUACUUCCGAGGACGGUUUUAUGAUUUUGGUUUUCAUUUUGUUUUGAGUUAAACCUUUGAAUUUAGCAUUGUAAUAAUUGGGCUGUGGACUUGUUAUUUUG